CUUGUUUUGUUGGUCCUCCGUCUGUAACCUUUGACCCCGGCGGGUAGGCCUGCGCUGUCCUGCAGAGGGGGAGCACUGGCUCCGGGAAUGUGAUCUGUGUGGCCGUGACCGAGGCGGGGGGGAAGCGGCUCCAUGAGAGCUGUGCGUCAGGGGGAACCCGUCGAAGACGGAGCCGCAGGGGGGAAACAGCUGGAAAUGACGGGAGACAUGUAUGGAUGUACGUAUGGCUACAUAGCCGAGAUACAGGUCUGUGCGGCUGUGCUCUUCUCAUGUGUGACACUUGGGCAGAUGGAUGUCAUGUAGCCCUUGGUGGCCCAACUGGUUCCAUGUCAGCAAGCAGGGAGGUGAUGCAGCAGAGUGGGAUUUAUGGGCCUUGAACACAAAGGAUAUUCCUCACCCAUGGCCUCAGCAAGAGGAAAACUAAUGUGCUAAUAUCAUGGGAAGCUGCUGCAGCUGUCGAGACGGACUCCCAGACAAUCAUCCCACCAAAUUCAAAGUCACGAAUGUGGAUGAUGAGGGGACGGAGCUGGGUUCAGGAAUUAUGGAGCUGACACAGACUGAUCUGGUCCUACACACUCGGAAGCGUGAUGCUGUGAGAUGGCCAUACCUCUGUCUUCGGCGCUAUGGAUAUGACUCCAACCUCUUCUCUUUUGAGAGUGGGCGGCGCUGUCAGACUGGUCAGGGUAUCUUCGCAUUUAAAUGCUCACGUGCUGAAGAAAUCUUCAACCUGCUGCAGGAACUAAUGCAACGAAACAGCAUCAGUGUUGUUGAGGAGCCAGUCAUGAUCACCAGGACCGGCCAUCCAGCAGAAAUGGACUUGUCCCGAACUCCGCAGACCCCUGGAGCUUUAGGAUAUACUGGUUUUCCCAAUGGGUUCCACAAUUUUCCUCGUGAUGGACCAUCCUACCCAUCUGUUCGUCACCCUUCAAUGGGAAACCUGAGACACCCUUCUGUUGGGGAAGAAUCUACACAUGGCUUGAUAACGCCUGAUGACCAGUCUCAUACCUAUGUGAAUACUGCCAGUGGGGAAGAGGAAAUUCGAGGUCGGCAUUGCAUGCACUCCUUGCCUGAGGCACAUGCAUCAUACCAUGAUCCACCGAGGCACAUGCUUGGCCCAGGGUGUUCCAUGGAAGAGCGGAAUCCCCAGGUCUUUCUACAGCCAGGAGAAGUGAAGUUUGUACUCGGCCCAGCACCGGCCUACAGACGACUGCCUCUGAGAGGAGAUAGCUUCUGCCGACACCACAGGGACUGUGAGGGCCAUGUCUGUGCUGGAGAGCGCGAUCCUUUACCGCCACAUAACAAUAAUAAUGAGUGCAAGGAUCAGUGGGGUUCACACAAGUAUGCCUAUGAGAACAUAAACGGCUUGGUGCCACCAGGAAGCAUUGCUCUUCGCAGGGGCACUGCCACCAGGGGCCUCAAACUGUCAGCAGAAGGUCUGCCCUACAACAGCUGCUCACACCGCAGGACGGCAAUGUUACACUAUGAGAAUCUACCCCCACUACCCCCUGUUUGGGAGUGCCAGUCCCUGCACCAUGAUGAAGAGGAUGAGGAUGAUGAAGAGGAGGAGGAUUCCACUGAUGCCAUGACACCAUCUCUUAAUGGGUACCAUGACGACCCUGUACAGAAUUACAUGAAUGCUGACAGCGCCACUGCGUGCGGUGGGUACCACCACCAUCGCCCAGACUGCCAGCCACGUAGAAGCUGCCCAACCAAUGUGUUCAGCUUUGACUUCAGACGGCCACACUCAGAGCAGAGGCAACUCAACUAUAUCCAGGUGGAAUUGGAGGGUAAGAAUGAAGGCAAAGGGAGGCAGAUUCCUCAAAUCACCUGUACACCUGCAUCAAAUCACCCAGCUCGCCGUGCAGACUCUUAUGCUGUCAUUGACCUUAAAAAGACAGCUGCCAUGUCCAGCCUACAGAGAGCUAUGCCCCGGGAUGAUGGCACCUCAAGAAAAACCAGACAUAACAGCACAGACCUUCCCCUGUAAGCUGCUUGUUCUAACCCUGUAUUUCUCUGUUUUACAAAAGCCAUUUCUGCGGCUCUUAUCAUGGCUUUUCUUGGUUUCUCAUUUGCAACUCCUCCUUGUACUCUUGCCUCUCCAGAUUUGUUUAUGGCCCUCUGCGGAGCAAACAUUCUUGCACUGCAUAAAAAUGAAGGCUAGCUUUUCAGGAGGAUAAACAAUUAGUGACAGCCGCAGAGAAUACACUGUUGUGCAACUAUGGCAAGCUAAAUGCUUGACUGAAAGCCAUGGCCAUGAUGGCAUCUUGCUGAAAACGCUCAGUGUGAGAACCCUUUUUUUUUUUUGUUACAUUUCUUUAUUAUUUAUUUUGAUCUUUUAUUAGUUACUUUUGUAGAUAACAUUUUUGCAUUUGCUGAUUAAUUUAUUUAACUUAUUUUUAUUUCUAUUUAUUUUUGUAAACAUUCCAUGCCAUAUUGUGCCCUAAGGAAUCAUUGCUCAGUUCCGUAUCAGAGCAAAUGCUAAAGGUCACUUCUAUUGACCAACGCACAUUACUGAUUUUGAACCUUUUACCUCUUGUGAUAUCACCAGGACAUUAGCACGUGUCAUGAAGUAAUGUACAUACCCCCUUAUUGCAUUUUUUUUUCAAGAAUAUAGGUUGUGUGUAGGUGCUAAUAUUGAAAAAUGAUGGGCCUUUAAAAAAAAAUAAAAAAAAAUAUUUAUCUAUAUCUAACUAUAUAUCUAACUAUAUAUAUAUAUAUAUAUCUAAAUAUAUAUAUAUAUAUAUCUAUCUCUAUAUCUAACUAUAUAUAUAUAUAUAUAUAUAUAUAUAUAUAUACACACACACACACACACACACACACACACACACACACACACACACACACACACACACACACACACAUAUACAUACAUACAUAUACUUGUCACAGGUCCGGCACUCCUUGUUCCAUAUUAACUGCGUCGGUGCCCUCACAAAAAUUCGAAUAAACUUGCAAAAGUGCGGCACACAGACUAAACAAA